AUGUUUUUCCUACAGCACUUCGUCAGAACCAGCGGCCUGCUAUAUCUACAAUCCGCGGCGAAGGGGAGUUCUUCUAAGCAACCUACGAGAGGAAGACUUGCAGAUGACGUGCCCAACGACAACCGACCCCCCACCCACGGAAUCUACUGUGCAGACCUGAACAUCGCCGUGCAAAACGUACAGGACUCUCGUGCUGAAAUCACAUGGUUUCACGACGGUAAAGCUGCAAGUGUGGACCUGACAGGAUUCGUCAUUCAGUACCAAAUCUUUGGGCAGAAGUCGUGGAUAGAUACACAAGACAUUCACCACAAUGGCCGUAACUUCGCCAUAGUCGACCUUCUUCCCAACACGCCCUACCAAGCAUGUGUGGCCGUUCUUUGCAAGGAUGAGCCUAGAAAGCCAGGACUGGACCACUGUGUGACAUUUACAACGAAGAUGAGAUCUACAACAAUAGUCGGCUUGGCCAUAGGCAUCCCAUCGUUGCUGGUCAUUCUGUGCCUAAUGGCGGCAAUCGUCAUUGUCCUGAAAAAGAGAGGGCCUUUCUCUACAGAGCAAGAUGCUGGCCACACCCCUGAGCGUCCUCAACCCCAGGAAGCCAACCACAGCCCGGCUGACGCUGCAGUACGUCCUGAUCGGGAAAACAGGUACCAAAACGCAGGAUUCGAAGAGGAGCCAGGGGCUGAUGGAAUCACCAGCUCAUAUCUGGAUUUGGGCCAAGCUGGGGACGUCCUCAACUCGGCAGCCGGGGAGCCACCUGGGAACCGAAGGUUCUCCGAAAGCUCCUUUAACAACCCCGUCUACACGGCGGACAGCGUCAACGAAAACAUCUACACGAGAGUCAACGACGACGCCCUGGAAGGAGCAAUGGCAAGAGCGUCAUCCGCAGAGGAAGACGUUUACAUCGAUGUUAUCGCUUAAUCGAUAAAUUUGAGCCUGCAUGCAGUAAAACUAUGGCCCGCUUUACACACACCAUUUGUAAGUCGACUCAGCGAAGUUGACUUGAAAAAUUUCUGUUCACACACGAGGCUGCAAAGCAACUUGGCACUCCCGCUGUGCCACCCUCCCCUCAAGUUGACUUGGUGGCUCGGUAUUGUCUGACUACUACGCAGAGACACUCAAGUCGACUUCGCCCGUUU